CAUCCAGUAGAGUUCUGGAAUUUUCCGGAAGCACAACAAAAAUUUGUGUUCGAGACGAAAUCGAAUUAAUUGUUGAAUGUUUCGAUUAUAUGAACUGUACUCGCUUUACUCGCAAAAUAAAAUGUACAGAUCCUCAACGCUUUGGUGUCUCUGUGAGAAGUUGCCGCGCUCAAUUCUCCACGUUGCGCCGACUCCCAAGGUUUGGUGCGAGGUGUGCGGUCGACGCAGACGCCCACAGGCUUGCUCCACCUCGUCCAGUGAUGAGGAGAAGCCUGAAGCAGAGCAUAGGCAACCAGUGCAACGGGUUGUGGAGGAAACUAAUGCGUAUGUGAUGCCCCAGAAGCUGAACAAGGCGGCCAAGAAGCCAAAGCCUGUUUACUUAAACAGCAAUUGUCUAAAGUGCGGUCGCCAAUCGAAGCCUUCGUCGAUAGUUCAGCAGGAACCCAAAGUCAAGGACAGCACCAGCAACAGGGUGUACAUGGGUCGCCAUGGCCACUACCGGAAGCCAAAAAGAUUGCACGCCAAGCGACAUGAUGAAAUGAUAAACAACUAUGUGGAGCCAAUGGAACCACCACCGCCCCCCUCACCACCGCCUUCUAAUUCGCCGCCAGUUAACGGUAGUGAAUCUGUUUGGGAGCCACCCGACAAUAAUAUGCCCAAACCCGUGGCCUUUGCACAAAAUGGAUUCACCCGGCCGCCACGUGACCCCCAGCCGGAGAAUUUAUUUGUGAGCGACUUAAUACCUCUGGACAAACCCAUCACAGAUGUGGCCAGCGGUGCCAUCUCGAAGCGACCAUCCCCUCAUCGCCCUCUGUGCUCCCAUUACAGCCGCCCCUUGCCAACGUUGUCGCGUGUGGUAUCCCAGAUUUUGGUAGAUCAUAAGGUGCGUGCCAAAGGCGGUGGACUUCCAGCCAAACAAAAUGUGUCCAAAGACAGCAGCUGUGCUAGUCAAUUCUCACCAUUUAAUAGCUACGAGGGACCCUCUGAGGAUGCGCUUGUCGGACCGGGUGUUCGCCAAAUGCUGCUCCAGCCGAGAGCUUUGCAUAUUCAAAGCCGGAACCAUUUUCCCAGCACUAAACUAUCCACAUUUGAUUCGGAGCCAAGCAGUGAGUGCUCCACAUCGUCGGCGCAUUUCGAUAUGCCAACGGCCCCACCUGCUGAGCGUCAAUGUCACAGUUACACUGCGGGUCCUCCACUUCAAAUGCGAGACAUGAUGAACGCUGUGGCACUGUCGGGUCUGUCUGACAACAGCGCCUCUAGCAGCAGCCACAAGAGUACCAACUCAACGCUGCCCGGGCGAGAGGAGUCAGUACGUAGUUGCGACGAUGAGGAACCGGAGCUUACCAAGAAAUCAAAUGAUGCUGAUAUGGGUCCCACCGCCAUAAUGGAAAAACUCCUAUGGCUAAUAGAUCAACAUCCAACAGAUGAUGCAACACCCGAUCCGAACUCGUUAUUGGCCCAAACAGACGCUUCCUUAAUGGAUACCCAGGUGAAGUCGGACGGGAUUAUCGAUAAGCAUAGUGAAUCUGUGAAGGUUCUGCUCCAAUUUGUGAAGAAUCUGCACAUUGAAGGCACUAAUAAGAAUAGUAUUCCCUCAACAAUACUCAAUAACGACAUUGAGGACAAUUUGCAGACUAGCGCAGAUUCUCCCUUGCCAGAAUUGCACAUUUCCAAUGAUAUGUCUAAUGAGUUUUAUUUAAAUACUUCAAAUAAAUCUGCUGGCGAUGCAAAGUAUAUUAAUGUGUUGUCCAAUGGAAAUAAUGUCAAAUACCUAGGAAAAAGGGAGACAUCACAUCUUACAGGUAACGGCGGUACAUCGAUAUGGUCCUUCAUCACAAGAUUCUUUAAGGCCAAACACUACACAGAAACUACAACAGCCUUAGACGAUUCUGCAGUAAUUUCAAUCGUUACAGAUGAAUUGAAACCACUUAAAAGUGCGGAGAAUCUACACUACGGUGCCAUAAAUCAGUUUCCAAAAAAACACAACUUUCAGGAUAAGAAAUCUAUAAAUCAAAUUGUAUCAUCUAAUAGUAAUAAUAGGAACUGUCGAAAAUGUGGCUUACAUCGGGCAGCCCAAGUAGAGUACAAGAAGAGUUGCAGAUUCUAUUCUAGUGCUUCCAAUGCAAGGCAGACUGCAAGACUAUCUAUGUCUAACUGCUUAAAGAUGCAUCAUAAGCAAACCAUCAAGUCAGCACCGAAAACAUGCCAUGAAAAACAUGUCAACACUAAGAUGCAAGCUAUGAAUUUAACCAAACACUUCGAGAAUAAAUAUUACUCUGUCAAUGAAGAGUCAAAGAAAUCGUUUGGCCUCAAAGAACGUAUUCAAAAUGUUCAACAAAAUUCGGAAGAAUCUGUAACUACCUCAACAAUUUUCGAAUCAUGCAAUACAUCAGUAGGAUCUGUGCUUGAUGGACUAAAGUCUGCACCUCUACCAAGAGAUAUUGAACUUUUGGCACUCCUGCAAAGAAGACUGAUCCACAAAAGGACAAAGCUUCCAACCGUCUACCAGGUGGCGAGCACCAUUGAAACAAUUCGCUUUGAGUGUAGUGAGAUUAUUAAACCCAAGAUGACUUCAUAUACCGUAGAAAUGGGGCGUGUAGAAUAUUCCACACUCGAAAACUUCAGAUUAAAUAAACAUUGCGGCUUAAUCGAAUUCCGAAUUCCUGAUAUUCGAAAAGAUGUAUCAAAACAAGUAAAAGCAAACGAAUACAAUAUUAAGUAUUCGACUACAUCAGAAUCAAGUAAAUAUUUUGAAGAUUCUUUAUUGGAGAGCAAUACAACACCUUCAAAACGACAAAUGCUUGCAGUGUGGCCAGGUCAUGCGUUUAGUUAUAGAAAGCGGCGCAAAAAAUCGAAAACAAUGCAGGAGUUAAAGUCUGCAAUAAACGACGACAGAUCGGCAGACGAAGAUGAUAAUGCACAAACGGAUCAUAAGAAAAGAGAAGUGCAGGAUACGUGGAUAAGCAAUGAAUUAGUUCAAAAGAAAAUCCACGAAAUGAUGAUCAAACCUAUUCGUCUUUUAAAUUGAAUCGAAUUUUGGGGCAUAGUACUUGGAUUAACCUACAAUAGCAUAGAUUGUGUAUAUAUAAAAAUAACAGCAAUAGAAACAGAUUAAUAUAUUUUAAGAUAGUAUUAAAGAAGAUGUGUAGCUCUCCACAAAUUGUUAAACAAGGAAUUGCCUUACGUUACCGAAAUCCUGCGGCUGCUGUUUUAAGUAUCUUGGUUAGCAUUUUUUUCUGGCUGGUUUAUUGGCUAACCCGGUGUCUUAUUUUUAUUGCUGGUUCAACUAUUAUACUCGGCUUGCUGUUUCCUCAACAUUCGUGGCACUUUUUAAAUCAUUUUUUGGAUCAAUAUCAUGUGGAGCGACAGUUUAAAGAUGAAUUAUAAGUUAUAUUUCUUAAGAACCCAUUCGUUGACCAUUUAUUUAAUUAAAAACAAAACAAAAAACGAUUUUAUU